AAAUCUCCCCCGUUUUCUUCAAAACAAACCAUCAAAAUGACUGGCGGAAAGUCCGGCGGCAAGGCUAGCGGCAGCAAGAACGCGCAGUCCCGUUCCUCCAAGGCUGGUUUGGCCUUCCCCGUUGGCCGUGUCCACCGUCUGCUCCGCAAGGGCAACUACGCCCAGCGUGUUGGUGCCGGUGCUCCCGUUUACCUCGCUGCUGUUCUUGAGUACCUCGCUGCUGAGAUUCUCGAGUUGGCUGGAAACGCUGCUCGUGACAACAAGAAGACCCGUAUCAUUCCCCGCCACCUCCAGCUCGCCAUCCGCAACGAUGAGGAGCUGAACAAGCUCCUGGGUCACGUCACCAUUGCCCAGGGUGGUGUUCUCCCCAACAUCCACCAAAACCUUCUCCCCAAGAAGACUCCCAAGGCCGGCAAGGGCAGCCAGGAGCUGUAAGGGGUUUCUCUCUCUUUUUUUUCUUCUCGCGGGUUGUU